AUGGCAGCCGAGUCUUUGCCUUUCUCCUUCGGGACACUGUCCAGCUGGGAACUGGAAGCCUGGUAUGAGGACCUGCAGGAGGUGUUGUCCUCAGAUGAAAACGGGCGUGCCUAUGUCUCACCCCCUGGAAAUGAGGAAGAAUCAAAAACCUUCACCACUCUUGACCCUGCCUCUCUGGCUUGGCUGACUGAGGAGCCGGGACCAGCAGAGGUCACAAGCACCUUCCAGAGCCCUCGCUCUCCAGAUUCCAGUCAGAGCUCCCCGGCUCAGGAGGAAGAAGAGGAAGACCAAGGAAUACCCAGGAAACGGAAACGGAGUGGUCAAUCCCCAGCCCGGGCUGGAAAGCAACGCAUGAAGGAUAAAGAACAAGAGAAUGAAAGGAAAGUGGCACAGCUAGCUGAAGAGAAUGAACGGCUCAAGCAGGAAAUCGAGCGUCUGACCAGAGAAGUGGAGGUGACUCGCCGAGCUCUAAUUGACCGAAUGGUCAAUCUGCAUCAAGCAUGAACACUUGGGACCAUCACUUCCCCCUUGAGCCAGUACCAUCUUUUCCCAGAAGUGGCUACUAACCACCUUCCUUUGAGUGUCAAUGAUGUGACCCUUAACCCCAUGCCUACAGUGGAGGGAAAGCUCUGGGUAGACAAGAAGGGUCUCAGCACAUACAUAGAGAUUGCAUAUUUAUUUACUACUGUCCAUAUCCAUUAAAGUGACUCUCUAUAA